AUGCAUCUGGCACUCGUACAAAAAAUAAUGUAUUUAUUUUCAAAUAUUGUUAUAGUUAUUUUAGUGCAUUUAACAAUUUCUUCAUUACUUACGGAUGCAUUUCGUGAUAAUGCUGAAGAAUGUUGUGAAACAGGUCGAAUUCAAGCUGAAACUGAUAAAACAUGUACGUUAAAAACACACUUAUUAACAUCAAACAAUGAUACAAAUAUAACAAAUUAUUGUCCUUAUUUAACACAUAUAUGUUGUUUAUCAAAUUUACGUAAUUAUUAUUGUGAAGAAGGUGUAAAUACAGCUCUACGUUUAUUACCAUGUAAUGAAACAAAAUUACAUUUAAAAGAUACUUAUAAGAUAUGUUGUCGAUGUUGCGAAUUAGGUGUUCAGGCAGGUCGACAUCUUGAAGAUUGUGAUCCGGUGCCUAUACUUGAUGAAAGAUGUGGUGAACAAUUUACAAAUUGUUGCAAAAAAGCUAAAUCAUUGAAUUGUGAUCCUGGUUUUGAAAUGGGCGAUAAUGCUCGUUGUCGUGACAUCAAUGAAUGCCUAUCAAGUCCUUGUCCAAAAACGAUGACAUGUGAAAAUACACCAGGUUCUUAUCAAUGUAUUGAAGGAUGUGAAUCUGGUUAUACAUGGUCACUUAAAUAUGGAGAAUGUCGAGAUACUGAUGAAUGUGCACUUCAUACUCAUAAUUGUACUCAUGGACAGCGAUGUGAAAAUAUGCCUGGAUCAUUUCGAUGUAUACGUGAAAGAAAUUGUGGAACAGGUUAUCAAGUUGAUCCUCAAACACAAACUUGCACGGAUAUUGAUGAAUGUGAACAAGGCAUUGAUGAGUGUAGGCAAGUUAUUAAAAAUGUUUUAUUUCUAGAAAUUAAAUGUUUGACUUCAAAAAUUUUAUUUUAUAGACCUGGUUAUGUUUGUAAAAAUAUACCUGGAACGUACAAAUGUCAACCACAAAAUUGUACAAAAGGUGAAAAAUUCAAUGCUUUUUUUGGUCGCUGUGAAAAAGUUCAAUGUCAACCAGGUUAUAAUGCAACUUCUUUUGGAAAAUGUGCUGAUAUUAAUGAAUGUGCACAAAUACCAAGUCCAUGUCAACCAACUGAAAGAUGUGAUAAUACACCGGGUUCAUAUAGAUGUGUUCAAACAUUUCGUUGUGCAAGUGGACUUGAAAUGAAAGAUCUUAAAUGUUUAGAUAUUGAUGAAUGUGUUAUUGGCAAUCAUACUUGUCCUGCACCGGCAACUUGUAAGAAUACAUAUGGAUCAUUUUAUUGUGAAUGUCCACUUGGAUUUGUAUUUAAAUAUGGUGUUUGUGUUGAUGAUGAUGAAUGUGCACGAGGUAAUGUAGUUUGUCCAUCGAAUGCAUAUUGUCGUAAUACACCUGGAUCAUAUGCUUGUGAAUGUAUUGCUGGAUAUAAAAUGAUAGCUGAACGUGCAUUUUGUGAAGAUGUUGAUGAAUGUGAAACAUCAUCGGAUACAUGUGAACAUAAAUGUGUUAAUGUUCAAGGAUCAUAUUAUUGUUUAUGUAAAGAAGGUUAUCGAUUAAAUGGUGAUAGACGAACAUGUCGAGAUCUUGAUGAAUGUUCAAUGAUUCCAAAUUUAUGUCAAUAUCAUUGUGUUAAUACACCAGGUUCAUAUAAAUGUAUAUGUCCAUCAGGUUUUACACUUGAACGAAGUCGUCAAUGUCAAGAUAUUGAUGAAUGUACUAUUGGUACUCAUAAUUGUCGUUCUGAUGAAUAUUGUGUUAAUCUUCUUGGUGGAGUUCGUUGUUAUUCUGUUAAAUGUCCUGAAGGUUAUGAUAAAAUGGGAACUAAUCGAUGUCAAUUAUCUGCACGUUGGUGUCAACAACAUCAAUCUGAUAAAGAUUUACGUUGUACAAUUCGAAAACCAGUUAAAUAUGUUUAUUCAUUCAUUUCACUUCCUGCAAAAAUGCGUACACCAAUGGAAAUUUUUCGUAUACGUAAUAGUCAAUUACAAACAAAUCAAUAUGCUGAAUUUGAUUUACGUUUAAUGGAUGCAUUUGAUCCAUAUACAAAAUUAGCUACAACAACACUUGAUCAUUUUCAAUUAAAAAAUUAUCCACCACAUAAUGCUAAUUUAAUUGUUGUUAGAGAAUUAAGUGCAUUUCAAGAAAUUGAAUUAAAUAUUGAAAUGAAAAUUUAUACAAAUAAUAUUUUAAGUUCAAUAUCAAUUAUGAAAAUAUUAAUUUAUGUUAGUCAAUAUGACUUUUAUCCUUAG